ACCAGGUUGCCUGCAGCACAGCUAGUAUUGCCUGUAUCAGGAAGGGAUCCAGAGCGUGGCAUGCAGACAGCAACUGUUGCUCAGCUUUUCCAGCUAUCUAGAAUAGAUCUGACAAGCAAUUAGAGCAUGAAUAUAUUACAGAGCCGAUGGGGGAUGCCUCUGUUAAAACUUGUGACCCAUACUUAGCUGCUGUUUACAUUGGCGGCAGCUUCGAGGGUGGGCAAGACCCUACCUGCCUGUCUUUCUCCUCUCUCCUUCCCUGUGCGGAGGGAGCCGGGGAGCUCUGCAUCUCAUUGGAUAUUUCAAAUGCUUUCUGCACAAGUCAUAAUUAAUGCCGAGUUGCGGAGCUAAGACCAGAUGUGCUGCCGAGAUUAUCUCCCAGGGCAGAUCGGCUGCUCUCCGCUCUGUAGCGCUGGGUGAAUGGAAAGCUGCCAGUGCUGGGACUCAGAAUGUGUCUGAUGCCUGAAGUCAGGACUUUCUUUCUCUGCCGCUCCUGCUGUCUGACACUGCCUGGUUUCUGCUUGAAGCUCAGCGCCUGUCAUGUAGCAGAGUGCUGCACAAGAACAAGAGGGAUCUUUGGGCAGCGGUUGGAGGACACCGUACAGUACGAGAGGAAGUAUGGCCAGCGCUUGGCCCCACUGCUGGUGGAACAGUGCGUGGAUUUUAUUCGGGAGCGAGGUCUUACAGAGGAGGGGCUCUUUCGGAUGCCUGGCCAAGCCAACCUUGUCAAAGAUCUGCAGGAUUCUUUUGACUGUGGAGAGAAACCCCUUUUUGACAGCAACACAGAUGUUCACACUGUGGCGUCCCUCCUGAAGCUUUACCUUCGAGAGCUGCCAGAGCCUGUCAUCCCCUUUGCCAAAUAUGAAGACUUUCUUUCUUGCGGACAGCUACUCUCAAAAGAUGAGGGAGAGGGUACCCAAGAACUGGUUAAACAGGUGAAGAAUCUGCCCCAAGCCAACUACAACCUCCUCAAAUACAUAUGCAAGUUCCUUGAUGAAGUUCAGGCUCACUCCAGCAUUAACAAGAUGAGUGUCCAGAACCUGGCUACAGUGUUUGGACCAAAUAUAUUACGACCCAAAAUGGAAGAUCCAGUGACCAUGAUGGAAGGCACCUCACUAGUUCAGCACCUGAUGACAGUGCUGAUAAGUGAGCAGGGGCGAAUCUUCGCAGUUCCCCAGGCAGAGGUGCCAGGGGGCCAGCUGGAAAUCAGGCCGGCGCGUCAUCGCAGUACCGUGGAGUGGAUCUCCGAGGAGGACGGGGAGGACAGCAGGUCGGAGAAGAGCAUUCCCAGCCCCGCUGAUUUGCCUUCUAGCAACGCUGUGGCGUUAGAGGCCGCUCCUGGACCUGCGGUGAAAAACACUCCUUCAGAACACAGUGGCCAACUGACUCAGCCUGCCACCAGCCCCAGCAAAAGAGUGCAGACACUGCCUCCGUGGAAAUACUCCUUCCGCCAGCAGGGAGCACGGUCCGUGAGUCCAAAGCUGGGCAGCUCAUCCUUAGAUAUCCCCAACCUCUCCUCCAGUGGAAACUGGUUGAUGAACGGACUGUACUCCCUCCGAGGCCACCGCCGGACGGCCUCUGGGGAACGAGUGAAAGACUCAUGUUCUUCCCAAAGACUCUCUACUUACGACAACGUCCCUUCGUCCAGCCUCUCCCUUAGCACACACAGCAUGGCCAGCACCACGUGGUCUACAUCAUCAUGUGAAAUCUCCGUGGUGGACUCGGUCAGCAGCUGCCCGGCCUGCCGGGCCAGCGACUCUUCUGCUUUAAGCUCUCUCAAAACCGAGUGGGUAACUCAGGGCUCGCUGUCUCAGAGUGAGGUCAAGACUGCAGAUCUGGAGAACAGCAUUGACAGGUUUGAAGCAUGCAGCAGCAGCAGCAGCGACCAGAGCAACCUGGCUGCAGCUUCCAGAGACUCUGUCAAAUGCUCCAGGGCCUUACAGAGCUUGGUGGUGGAGCUAAAGACAGAACUGAGCAAACAGAGGACUGAGUAUGAGACCAGUAUCAAAAGAAUUGAAGAAACGAGUGCAGACCUGAGGAAACAAGUGGUUAGGUUAGAAGAAGAACUGGACCAAGAACGAAAGAAAUACACGAUGCUGGAGAUCAAGCUGAGAAAUUCUGAACGUGCGCGUGAAGAUGCCGAGAAGAGAAAUCACCUCCUGCAGAAGGAAAUGGAAGAGUUUUUUUCCACAUUAGGAUGUUUAACUGUUGGGAAUCAAAGUGCUAAAAUUCCCAAGUAAAGCAAGCUGAUGCACAGCAUAGAAAAAUUCUAUUUCUAUUUCUGGCAAAACCAGUGAAAGUGCACAUUUUGUUCUGGUAUACUCAUGUAUCAUGAGUAAUUCUACAGUGAUUGUGCUCUCGGUGACACUUGCUCUGUUGUCUUUACGCGUGCUGUAGUAUUUGGGCCAGUUGGGAAAGACUGCUAACCGUAAUGCUUGCAAGUUUAGGUGUCAGAUUGCCAAGAAAGAGUGGGCAGCCUUUUUAUCCACAAAUCAAAAGAUUACUAUUCUCCAUAGCCGUCCUGCUGCCAUCUUCAGAUACGCGGCACCAUCCUCUUGCUGGCUCAAGGAGAGCGGAACAUCCUGCGAGGUGGGUGGCCGGAGCCGAUGGCCAGGCUGAGCCUGGAGCUUAGGGCCUCCUCCAUUUGCGCUUGGGAAGAUGGCAGCUCCAGCAUGUCACCGCAUCCGCUGUGGUGUAGCGCAUGGAUUUAAUAUGAGGUAUUUUUCCUCCCCACUCCGUACAUAAAGUUUGUUCAAAUGUCUCAUUCCUUAAACUGGCAUUAUUUUAUGAAGAUGUUUUGAAAACAAAGUCUACAACCAAGCUGAAGAUACCAAAAUCCUGACAAUUCAUGGAAGUUGUCCCUUACUCACUGAGCAGUUCUGGUGCUUCACAGAAACGUGACUUAAAGUGUGACUAAGAAUCAGACUGGCCACAGAAACUCCAUGGAACUUUAAAUAUGCACAUUUUGCCCUAGGUCUCUGGCGGGUUUAGAGAGCAGUAUUAGCUGCAAGAAAAAGUCUCAUGAGUUGAUAUGAACCGAUCAGACAUCAGGGUAGGAGAAGAAAGAUUCUUAUCAUCAAACACAUCCAACCGCUGAGGGUUUUUAUCUCUAAAACUUCAAUAGCAGAACCCAGGGUAAGAGAAAUUAGUGCUAAUAGUGCUAGAAAGGGGGAAGGGUGGGAUCCAUCUUUAACCUUCCCAGGACAAUUUAUGCUUGGCUGCCUUCUAACACUUCUCAUGACACCAGUUGAUUCUUUGUUUAGUUCACAGGGAGAUGAGAGGACAGGAGGAAUACAGCAAACAGCCCAGCAGACUAAGUUCAUCGCUUCUACUAAAGAAAUGUCAUUAGAAUGAAGCUGUAAUUUCCAGUAAUUGGCUGCCAGGGCUCACUUCCCUUCAAGGGACUUCUUUGAGACGUUCUGUGUAACAUGUUUAGUGCCCUGAGCCACGUAGAGCCUGCACACAGAAAAUUGUUUCACCAGAUGCAGCCUGAACCCUUCGCCAGCCUGUUCGCUCUCUUUUGGCACGUGCCAUUGACAGCUGAGGCAGCCUGGGCGUCUCGGCGGAGAAAGACUUAACGGCAACGUGCCACAACAACAAGAGCUGGCUAAAGGGAACGUAGAGACUGUAGUCAAGGUGCUUGCUUUAUUUAAGCAUUUACAAAAAACGACCUGAAUCUGUUCUUUUCUUAUUAGAGAAUAUAUCUCAUUGUCUGGAAAUAACUUUAAAAUGGGCUUUUUUACAUCCCAGCAGAUUGUACCACCCCUCAGUAUUGGACUCUCUCCUCAUCAUCUCACAGAUACCCAGGUAUUUCAACAUCUAAACACCUAGAAGUUAACGUGUUCCUACCUCGCUGCAAUGCUUCUCUUUCCUACAGAAACACAAACCAUUUGAAGUGAGCAAAAAGAAACAUUUUGAACCCCAUCUUUCCUGGUUAAGACAAGCCAAGCCAGGUGCUAAAGCUGUGUGGAUAGGUUAAUUCGGUGAUUUCCAGGCAUGCUCCCUCCUUCCCGGCACCCCCAGCCGCGCUGGGUCCCAGCGGGACGGCGAGCGCUCCCCAGGAGCAGCCUGCCACCUGCAGGCAGCAGCAUCGCCCUCACCUGGCCUUCCCCCAUCCCUCAGCUUGUGUUACCAAUAGCCACAACUGAGCUCGCAAGGAGGAACCCGGCCUGUGUAAAACAGCCGCAUUAAGAUGCAUAAUGGGAGAAGCAAGUCGCUGACCGCUUUUGAGCUGGAACGGCGCGGUGGGUUAGGUAGCGCUAAGGACCAUGUCAGUCAUCGCAAACUGCACCUUAGUACUAGAGCGGGGCCUGAACCAGGUUGUAAGUAAUUCUCUGCAGUUAGAGCAUCAGGGUUGGUACACAGACAGUUUCUACUGAGGCAGUCAAUCCAAGCAGGUCAUUUAAUGCUCUUUUUUAGUCCUAACCCCAGCACAGGCACCUUUCGCUAUAGCCAUCCUGACAGCUCACAUCCCUUAGACUAUUUAUAUCACAUUUUCUCCUGUAUGGAGCAAGUGCAGGCUACUCCCUUUAGUUCUGGCACACUGCAAACUAAGAACUGAGCCACGCUGGCUGGGUACCUAAAAAAACCCCGAAUAUGCAAGCCAAGCACUAAACCCAACUGCUGGAUAACUCUCAGUGAAAUCAAAAUGCAGCUGCAAUUAUUUAAAUAGUCUUUGCGUAUUUACACUUAGGUACAUACGUAGAGCAGAACUGAAGAACCAACCCACCGACCCCAAAUCCUCAGCGCUAGGCUAGGAUCGGCCGUCAGCUAUGUAGCACCACAUGAUCUGGCAGCCAGGACUAAAUUAAUUAUUCUUUUCAGGAUCACAAAUGAAACUCUAUCCAUUUAAACUGACUGAAGGACGUAACCAUUUCCUGGCUGACUGUUGUGCUCCAGAAACACCUAGUCCUCCUGUUCAUGGAGAAUAAAUUUCAGGUCCUUUUGAAGAUGAGCCUCUGCAGUAAACAAAACCUGCAAGAAGCUGCGAACUCCCCAGUUCAUGCUAAAACACACCACGGGAUGCCAACGCCAACAGCAACAGGCGCAUCAUGUUCAUGUCCCAUCAUGGGACCGCACUUGUGCUGCUGUACGCAACCUCACAGACCACUGUGCCCUUAUUUGAGGACAAUAAUACACAUGGUCCUAGCUUUAACUCCUGUUUCUGUACCCUCUUUCCCACUGCGUCAUUGCCUUAUUUUGCGGCCCUUCAGCUUACUACAGUCCCUAGCUCAAAGUGGCAGCUUGCCUAGCAAGCAUUUACACAGUACAGUUUGUUAGUAUUACUUAGACAUGACAAAAGGCUCCUGGUAUCGGGUAGAUGAUACAUUUUUUUUUACGACAGCUUUACCUGUGCAAUCUUCCCAGCCUGGCCCGUCCCUUCCAGUAUUAGGCAGCAAAACAGAAGAAGCAGACAAUUCAGUGAAAGAAACCCCACACAAGCAUAUGCUUAAAAAAAAAAUCCAAAGCCUCACAGCAGCAUUCCAGAGUAACAAAAGAUUUCUGUAGGCCUCCAUGGUAUUGCUAACCUGAAAAGGAAACUUAACAGUGAUAGCUUAUUGAAUUAUCUACAUUUGCCAGGGCUAUGCAAGCCAGCAGCACUAGGGAGCGGUUCAGGGCCAGGCUGGAGUCGCCCACAGACAAAUCCCCGGCAGAGCUAAAACUGUCUUGGGCCUUGCUCUAUAUUAAUAGAUAUAUUACCUGGCAGCGGCUACCUUGCGUGCUAACCUAUACAACUGAAAGAGCAUUUCUGAGCCUCACUGCAUUCCUAGGCGAGCACCUCACAAAUAGCUGGGCCAGAGACCCAAAGCAGGCCGCGCUGCCCAUGGGCACAGUACCUUUUCCCUUAAAAAUGAACACAAAUACAAGUAACAGCACACAGACAAGCAACCCAAGGGCAUCUUGAGUCCUCCUUUAAAGAGCCUGCUGGAAAGGAAGGCAAUGAGAGGCCCUGCGUUGGGGUUUGGCCCCGCUGCAGGGGUGCCAGUGCAGGAGUGGUCCCGGUCCCAAGUUCGGUCUCCAGUAAGAGCUCUUCAGCAGUCAGAUCCUUCAGGCUUCUGAGAGUCACUUUUGAGAAAGAUUUUCCUGGGGCACAGGGACUGAGCCCCCCUUCCAUACAUUAGGCAGCCCACAGCUCACCUCCUUCUGCACCACCAGGGCCCCCAGCAGCUGUAUUUCCAGGAAAGGCAGCGGCUAGAGCCGGCAGCGAGGAAGGAAGAACGGAUUCCCACCAAACACGCUUGGUAUUAUCAGUCUGCGGCACAUCCAAAGCCCAUGGGAGCGCUGAAAUGGAAGAACCACGGCACCUUGCCCACGAGUGACCUCACACACGCGGCAGGACUUUAAGUACCGUUACAAACAGAAGAAUCUUCAGGAAGGACUGACGCUAACAAAACUCCAACUGCAUCCUUUUGAAAGCCACCCCAGCCUAGUAAUGAACAAACACUAAAUGCAAUGUGGUCAAGCUUUUUUUUUUUCCUUUUUUAUUUAAAAUAUCAUUAUAACCAAUUGACAUACUAGAUAACAAUGUAUACAUUCCAGUGGUGCACACGUAAUGACCUAUGGCGUGAAUGAGUAAAAAAACCCACAAUGUUCUCAGUAAUGCCCCACCAACAGCUUAUUUGGAGGGAAUAAAGGAAAAGCAGGAAAAGUUAUCAAAUGUUGGGAGGAAGAAAAAAAAAAUUACAAUUUUUCCCAGUAUUUUUGAUGGUGCAGCUUCCCCUUCGUAUUUGUCAGGACAAAAUAAAAUUAAGAAUAUAUUUCAAAAGGGGCAGAAGGAAUGAUCACAAUAACUAGGGUUUUUUUCUCAACUUUUAUUACUAAAGUUAAAGAACUCUCAAAAAUAGACUAGAUAUUGGGCCUACAAAAGUAAUUCAUCUGUAUGCAAAGCUUACCAAGAAUUAUUCCUUUUGUAAAAUGUAAAGGAUGAGCUGACAUUACUAGUAAGCUAUUUUUACCUACAAAACCAGACUACAAUAAUAAAAUCACCAAUUUACAGCUAACACAGUAUUCUAGAUGGGCAUUAUUGUACACGAGCUAUAUAUUACACAUGAACAUCUUACGUGAAAUAUAUAAGAAACAUACUUACUGAUAUUGUCUCAACAUUGGCCAAUAGGUUUAUUUUUCCAAAUGAACUGUAUUUUUCUAUUCACAAUCAGCGUAGUUCCAAUAGCGAGGGUUAGCUUUGCUUACUUAAGAAACGUAGAAAGUUUGUGUGAGGUAGUUCAAGAAAACCUAGCUUAAAUUUUUAACUGCAGAAGUAGAAACACAAUGUGAUCCGAUUUGUAACACGUUUCUGUAAUGCAGAGAUGUCUAAAGAGAAGGGAGUGAAAGAGAUCACUUAAAAUACCACUUUUAUCCAGUGCCCUUAACUAAGAAUAAAUUAAAUGCAUUGAAAAUUUGGGAAGGCAGUAGAGUCUCAUCACAUUUCUCCAUUAAAACCCUCUUCCUGAUCUUUGACAAAUGCAGACAGCUCCGCAACGCCAAUCCUCAAACUGAAAAAGUAAGAACCAAAACAUUGAUAGGAAAAUUAAAAGUAACAGCAAGGACAAGCUGCUGUGAACAGCAAAUAAAAACAUGUCUAGAACCAGCAAUUCACCUCCCUCAGCAACCCGAAACGGUAAGACCAAGUGUAAGCUGAACCACCUUCUCCCCUUCCCCCCAUAAUCUUCACUGAGAAUCAUUUAAUGCCGUACGCUCUGGAUUACUGGCUGGGUAGGAACUUUCCUUCUGGACUGGCUGGUUUUCCUUUACGCAGCGUUGAGACAAAUGCCACACACGUUAAUGCAGGAGCAUUAUAUUCAUGCAAGCGCCUGUCGAGGUGCUUAAUUUUUGCUUUCUGAUGAAAUCGCCUGUGUUCAGAGCGGCAGCGUUGCACGAGGCAGACGCACCCCAGUAACCUGCUGCUCAUUUGGCCGCUGAGGCAGCAGACGGUGCCGUUGCCAAACCGCCGCAAACGCAGCUCGCCCCCUCCUCCCCGGGACUCACCCGCGCCAGCGCGGGGGCCUGCCGAACAGCGCCUGCCGGUAUUCUCUUCCUGGCGAGCCCGAAUUCCUGUCCAGAAAGACGCUGCUGCACACAGGGCAGUAAGGCUUUCCUGAACACCCCAGCUGCGCAGCGCCCACACAGGGAGAAGCGCCAUGCCUACCCAGCUCAGCAGGACCAACGCGCCAGAGGCGACCUGGUCAGUCAGGCUGGCCUUGGGUUGUUCAGCUGAGGGUUUUGCCCUGGCAAUUCGGCUUCUCACACACACUUACACACAAAAGCGUCGAUUCUGACCCCGCUGUCUUACCUGAACAAAGACUUCACAGAGCGGAGGCGCAGCACGCACUAAGAGUACUAACUUCCCCCCCCACUUCUACUUCAAAAUCUUGAAGGACCUACUUCUACAACAGGAAAACAGCUGUUCUAUCCUUCCUGCCUACCACAGCUCUGACCAGAGAAAGUGGAAAUGGAUCUCAUUAUUGCCCAGCAUUUAACCUCACCUGACGUAAGAAAUCAGGCACAGCUCACUGUAACUCACCCUCUACCAACUCGCCAAGGGACUGGAACAGCCCCAGACGUGGAAAGUUGCAUGCACUUUAGUGAAGCCUAUUGUCAUGAGAAGAUUUUGGAAUCAUAGGCUGAAAUAAAGCUUAAUAACACUUUAAGUAUAAAAUUGUACAGUGUAUUAGAUAGUAUAUGAGCUAAGAACGUAACAAUAGACAGACAGCUGACCUCUAGCUACUCAUUUGUUUGCUAUCUGUGGCAGUGUACAACUAUCUAUGAAAUAAUUUUAUAUUUCAAUAAAAAGGGAAGAC